CGCACACUCCCAAGCAUGUUCAUUUCUAAUAAUGCCUGCUCAGUACCCAGUUCUUUCUGGCUCACCGGCAUCCCAGGACUGGAGUCCCUGCACAUGUGGCUCUCCAUCCCCUUUGGCUCCAUGUACUUGGUGGCUGUGGUGGGGAACAUCACCAUCUUGGCAGUGGUUAAGACAGAGCGCAGCCUGCACCAGCCCAUGUACUUCUUCCUGUGUAUGCUGGCUGUUAUUGACUUGGUCCUGUCAACUUCUACAAUGCCCAAACUAUUGGCCAUCUUCUGGUUUGGUGCCUGCAGCAUUGGUCUAGAUACCUGCUUGGUUCAGAUGUUCUUUGUCCACUGCUUUGCAACUGUUGAGUCGGGAAUCUUUCUUGCCAUGGCUUUUGACCGCUAUGUGGCCAUCUGUGACCCAUUACACCAUACAUCAGUACUUACCCAUGCCGUGGUGGGGCGCUUAGGGCUGGCUGCACUUCUCCGAGGCGUAUUCUACAUUGGACCUCUUCCACUCCUAAUUCGCCUGAGGCUGCCCCUUUAUCGGACCCAAAUCAUUGCCCAUUCUUACUGCGAGCACAUGGCUGUGGUCACUUUGGCAUGUGGUGACACAAGAGUCAAUAAUUUAUAUGGAAUGGGAAUUGGUUUCCUGGUAUUAAUCCUAGACUCCGUAGCUAUAACUGCAUCUUAUGUGAUGAUUUUCAAGGCUGUGCUGGGAUUGUCCACCUCUGACGCCAGGUUUAAAACUUUAGGGACAUGUGGUUCACACAUCUGUGCCAUCCUUGUCUUCUAUAUUCCUAUUGCUGUUUCAUCUCUCACCCAUCGCUUUGGCCGUCAUGUGCCUUCCCAUAUACAUAUUCUUUUGGCCAACUUUUAUCUCCUCAUCCCACCCAUCCUCAACCCAAUUGUCUAUGCUGUGCGCACUAAGCAGAUACGAGAGAGACUUUUGCAUAUUAUUAAGUCUGGAACUCAACACAGGGACACGUAA